UCUUGUAGAUACCUUUACAACCAAAUGGAACUGACGGUUUCUGUAUGCAAAAGAUGAUGAAGAGUACUUCUCCAUUACUUGUGAUAUUUUGCUGUAUAUUGGUAACCGUUGUGAAAUCUGAAACAUGCCUUGGGAGCCACGAAAAAUCAAUCUUAUCUGGUAUAAAAUCUUCGAUAAAGAAAUUAGAAGAAAAGUUGGCAGGAAAAUCGCCGAGAUGCAGAGCUGGAUGGAAGGAAUUCAAGGAUCAUUGUUAUUUCUUUUCUACUGACAAAAAACCCUGGCAAGAGGCAGAGAGAGAGUGUCGAAAUCGAGGAGGGUAUCUUACACAAGUUACUGAUUCUGCAGAAAAUUCCUGGAUUGUUUCUAUGAUUACGAGUAAAAAAGUGAUUCAGCAGCAUUAUUGGAUGGGUGCUACAGAUUUUAAGGAGGGUGAUUGGAGAUGGGUCAAUGAUUUGUCUAAAGUACAUUUUACCAGUUGGAAUUCGGGUCAACCUGAUAAUUAUCGCGGCAAAGAGGACUGUGGUCAUUUCUGGCAUGGAAACAACUAUAAAUGGAAUGACGCUGCAUGCAACCAAGCAUUUGGGUAUAUUUGUGAGAGUCCUCAGGGUUCUAAUUGUCUUUCGUACUCAAGACUAUUAAAGAGUGCUGUUAAUGGAAAGUAGCAACAUGUAAUCUGUCGUGAAAAAGUAAAAAAGAAAUAAAGUUUGAUUCAUAUUUGA